GAAGAAGCGUUUGCCUGGAAAAUGUCGUGACGUUUUUCAUUUUAUUUGCGUGUUUGGAAAAGAUAAUCGAGGCGGAAUUUCAUUAAAACAACCAUUAUUAACUGCUGAUUGAGCGACUAUUGAACUUUCCCCCGGCACAAACACACCGGGCGAAAGGUCGAGUGACAUAUUUUCCACCCCUUUUUCCCUAUCGAACGUUCCCUCGAUGGAUCGGGGCAAAUCGGGACCGGGCAUUCGGUCCACCAAGAAGCAACAGCUAAGCCACCCCCAGGCGGAGCUGUACGCACUUGGGUCGAAAUCAUCCGUCGGUGGUUCGCGAGGUGACGAUGCAAAGUCUCGGGUCGUCGUGGGGGGUGUCGUGUCGGACCGCAAGCGCGAAGCCACCUCCUCGAUGGCCCUGGGCAGUGGCAGUGGUCCGGCGUCGGCAAAAAAGAUCAAGCUUGCUUCCGGCGCGAGUGCGUCGAUGGUGGGUGGCAGCAGCUCCGGGCUGGCCGGUGUGUCCGGCGUCGGUACGAGCAAAAUCUCCUCCGGCGGGGACAGUUCCAGCUCCAGUAGCAUACUGGAGUACUGGGAGCAGUGUGCGAUGGAGUGUGAAUCGGUGGAUCUGGCCUCAACCGUGCUGUCGGCCAUCGAGCAGCAGGACAGUGACAGCGUGGUGGGGUACAUCUGCGGUGCGAUAAAGCUGCUGAUAUCGCCCAAAUCGAAAUCGGAAUCCGUUCUAUCGCUUUCGCUGUCGUAUUUGGCCCGGCUGCGGCCGCAUCUGUUCUGCAACGAAACGAUCACAUCGGCCUUGAUCGCCGUGCUCAAGCGAGACAGCGGCGGCAACGCGUUCAAGGGCCGCAACAACCCGACGAUGCACAUUUUGGCGUGCAAUUUGCUCGCGCGAGGCUACAGCGACAAGAAACAGUGGCCGGAAAGCUUCAUCCGUACGUACAUUGACGACGCGAUCAAUGACCGUGUGUGGGUGGACUAUGAGGAGUGUGCACCGUUCACGGACAAUAUUGUGGCGGCGUUCGGCACAAAGAUUCCCCCGAAGUGGAUGCUGCAGCCGGAGCUGAGUACGCUGAAUCCGACGACACGGGACGGCACGCUGCCGGAUGACGAGCACUCCACGGACAGUGGCAUGUUUGGCGAUGCGUUGGGUAAAGAUCCGGACGCAAACCCGCCACGCUUUGCGCACAUGCGCGAACAGCUCGAGCGCAUGGUAAUGGACGCGGUGAAGGAUCAGCUGAACCGACGCCAGGGGCCCGACUGUUCGACGAAAAACUUUCUACGCUUUCUGUCGCUCACGUGCGGCAUACUGGAGGUGAGGGCGUUCGUCGUUCCGCGGCUCGAAAUGUGGAUUCACAACGGCAAGCUGGUGAAGCCGGUACAGGAGCUGCUAACGUUUCUGUGCUACAACGUGACCGGCCAGAGCCCGAAGGAGCACGAGGUGCUGUCGAAUCUGGCCAAGGUGCGGCUGAAAUCGAAACCGCUGAUCAACAUCUUUAUGAUCGGGCUGAAGGAAAUGAUCAACUGUCAGCCGGAAAUUCUGACUCCGCUGCUGAAGUACGUCGUGCAGAACGAGCUGUCCAAUGCGCGCAACCCCAACAAUAUGGGCAUGCUGGCGAUGAUGUUCCAGACCAAGCCGACCGAAUCGGCCGCCAACCUGGCGGAGAUCUAUCAGGAGUUUCUGCUGCAGCGGGAAGAUGUGUUGCGCACUUUGCGCUUCUUUCUUCGCGAGCUCGUCAAAAUGCUUCGCUACGACAUCAAUUUGACCGUGUUUUGCAAGAUGCUGCUACAGAACCGGGCGGACCUUACCCCGCAGAUUGCGAGCUCGGAGUUUCGCGAUCGGAUCUUCCACUCGAUCGUCGAUCUCGUGUGUCUGUGCAUGUUCCUUUCCGUGUCGCCCCAGAUCCGGGAAGCGAACGUGUCGAUCCGCAGUGGCCGCGAGACGAAAGGCUCCAGCGCACUGAGCGCGUUCUACCAACAGCAAUCGAUUAUACAGGAUCAAGCACUGGCCUGGAUGAAGGAUGUUGUGCCGCGCGUUUACAAACCAAUUUCCGCGAACGAUUACAAAGCCGCCCUGCACAAGCUGCUGCUGCUGGAUUCGCCCGAAGCGUACGCCAAAGGUGACCAAUGGCCGCCGGAACCGGAGCGAGCGCCGCUACUCCGCAUGGUGUCCGAGAUUCCGCUGCAGGAGAACCUGAUGCUGUGUAUACUGCUGAUUGGCAUUGAGAAGGAGAUUCCCUUCUCGAUACAGGACACGAUGGAGAUUACGGAGCAGCUGGUGCGCAGGGCGGGAUCACUGCGCCACAUGGACUAUCCGCCGCUGGAGAUAACGGAUCUGAAGAUCAUCGAGCUGCUGUUCAAGAUGUCCGAGUACCACCAUCCGGACAAUAUCGUGCUGCCGUCGAACUACGAACCGCCUAAUCUGGCCAUCUCAUCGCUGUACUGGAAAACGUGGAUCAUUCUGCUGCUCAUCUCGGCGCACAAUCCCUCCUCGUUCGGGUCGUUCUGCUGGGAGCAGUACCCGAUGUUGCGCCUCCUGAUGGAAAUGUGCAUCACCAACCAGAUUGGGCCGCCGAAACCGAGCGAAGAAGAGCUAGCGGUGGCAACGCUCGAGAAAGCGCAGAUACUGGAGUUUGAGAACCAUCUCGCCUCGAAUCCGAUCACCGAGCAAAACAGCUUGCUGCUGUCGCAGCUGAUACUGAUGGACCCGCGGGGUGUGGCGCGCCGUCCGCCAAACCCUGUGCUGGACCAGAUACAGCAGCUCAACGUAAGCCACCGGUUGGGCCAUCUGCUGUGUCGCAGCCGUAAGCCGGACCUGCUGCUCGAGAUCAUCCAGCGCCAGGGAACGUCCCAGUCGAUGCCGUGGUUGGCGGAUUUGGUACAAAACUCCGAGGGCGACUUCAAUCACCUCCCAGUGCAGUGUUUGUGCGAGUUUCUGCUUGCCAACUCCGGCUCGGUCAUUGUGGAGGCAAGCCGGGAGGCGGAACUGCUUCUCUACCUGCAGCGCGUCCUGCAGGAUGAAACGGGCGAGCAUCAGAUGAUGAUCGGCGAGGUGCUGGAGUACUUCCUGCGCCGUUUGUCUUCGUUUUCGAGCGCAUCGCGCCAGUCCGCCAUUCGGGGGCUGAAGUUGCUGCUGAAGGUGUUCCAGGAGGAGCACGAUCCGGGCGCGACCGUACCGAUCGAGGCGAACAAUGGCGACUGGCUGCUGCGCUACCUGCCCAUGAUACCGCACUUCCCGUACGUGCGGCCGAGCGUGAUCGUGCAGCUGCGGGCCGCCUGCCAGGUGGAGAACAUCCCCGAGUUGGUGAUGGUGUACAUUCAGUUCGUGGCCGCGCACAGCGCAAUGGACGGGGAGGAAGCGAUGCUCGAGCACGUGAUGGACAUGUCGCAUCUGAUCGUGGAGCGGACGACCGUGUUUGCGAACAUUAUACCGACGCUGGCGGACCCGAGCGAGCAGCGGAUACAGACGCUCAACUGCCUGUUCGUGAUGUUUAACAACUUUCUGAUCAAGCUGCGCGAUGCGAAGGUGAUACCGCACGCGUUCACCGAGUAUCCGGACCUGCUGCUGGUACAGUUUGCCGACGAGAGCCAGUGUCACAUCCAUCUGAACAUCAUUCAAGCGUUCGUGAUUCUUCUAACGCACUCUUCUUUUAUUUCCGUCGCCGGGCAAAUACUGGACUAUUGGUUCCCGGAGGGAGCACCCCCGCCGCAAGCCUUCACGGUGGACGGUUCCGAGCCGGUCUGUAUCCUUCCCGACUGGCUGAAGCUAAAGAUGAUCCGCAGCAACGUCGAGCGUCUGGUUGAUGCCGCCCUGCAGGGACUGACGCCCGAUCAGAUUGUGCUUUUCGUGCAGAACUUUGGCACACCGAUCAGCUCGAUGUCGAAACUGUUGGCUCUGCUCGAUCGUGCCGUGAUCGUGCAGUACGAAGCGGUUAAUGCCGCCAUCCUCAACAAGAGCUACCUUGCGCAGCUGAUCGAGAUACAGCAGGCACGGGGUGCAAAGAAUGGUCACAUUUCGGUGGAAGCGCUCGAGCUGCUACCGCAACAGUUGGCGGCCGGUGGCGAGCAAAAGAUGUCGAUCGAUGACGAGAAGGACGUGAAACCCUCCCUGGGGACAUCGGCGGAAGGAAGCGUGAUGGAAGCGUACCGCAUUGAGCUGCUGCCUGCGUCAAACUCUUCCACCGACGGACGUCGCUCGGUGUCGUCCGAUGCGCGACCAGCUUCCGGGUCGAAGACGAAAGAGAUCGAGGAAGCGGUCGAGUUGGUGCUUACCUGUGCGCUGAAGUUUAAUCGCCCCGCCAUGGCCAAGUAUCGCAAACUGAUUCAACGGUUGAUGAACUCCGCCUCCAAGUCGCAGGAAUACGCUGCCAACAAAUCGAUCGCUUAUCUGGGCCGCCUGCUGAAGAGCCAGCAGGGCCAGGGCUUGAUCAAGGGGCUGGUGCAGAACUCGCAGAUCGUGUGCUUCUUCCGGGCGCUGCUCGAAACGCCGCUGGAAAAGUUCGAAAACCUCAACUAUCUGCUGCACGUGCUGGAUGAGAUCAUACGCUGUGUGAAUCCGGCCUCGAACACGGUACUGCUGGAGGUGCUGGUGAGCAAGCGGGCUCAGCUGAUUCGUCACGCGCAGAAAGAAUCGGGCGGUGUGGCGAACGGUGCCGGAGGAGGGAAGCAGGAUGCAUCGGUGGGAAGUAGCAGCAGUGCUGCAUUCGGAAGCGAUUUGUUGCAAGUGCUCUCGACGACGCGCAGUGCCGAUGUGGAGCGGAAAGGCAUGCAGCAGCUGUGGCGUACGAGCCGCGAAGGGCUGAUCAGUGUCGCCUCCACCAUGCUGAAGGGCAACGGAAUCAAGCGGGAUGUGGUGGACGGCGAAACAGAGCUGGAGGGUGGUAACAAGUGCGGUCUGCUGGUGGAUUGGGUGGCCGAUGCGGACUCGGAGCUGAUACGCGUCAACAAGGAGCAGCAGAUGGAGCUACUGUUUAGCCGGAGUCUUUCAAACUCGCGCCCGUAUCUUCUGUCCCUCAUGUCGCAUCAGGCGAGCUGGGCAACACUCUACCAAACGGUGGAUUUACUGAUGGGAUCGUUCAAUGCAGAGUACGAUCCUACCUCGGUGCUGGACUUUAUCGACACACUCACGCGCAAUCCUCGCCUUUGGCAGGGUCGCGAUAAGGCUGUCCCGAAGCAUGAACAGAUCGAGUACAUUGUAACGCUUACCGCGCCACAAUCGUGCACCUUUAUCGACUACAUACUGGCGGAGGAGAAAAGCGCCCAAUCCAACGACGGUCCAGUUCGACGCUUGAGCCAACGCGUGAAGCUGCUGCUGCAGUGUCUGCCGGGCAAGUUUGCGAUGCUACCGGCAAUGGUGGCGUACGUGCAAGAGUACGAACGACGGGAGGGCACGUCCCGUCGCACCCCAUUAGAGCGCACUUCGGUGGGUAAACUGUUUUUGAAACAACUCUACCUAAACCUGCCCCCGAUGAAGUUCAUCCUGCCGACCGUCGGUUCGGACCUGUAUCAGUCCGACAUGCGCAACGAGCCCGGCGGAUGUGUGGCGGACAAGUUUACGUACUACAUCGUCACGACCAUCGCGUCGCUGAACAAUCCGCGCGACUUCCAAACGAUGUCCGCCGAGAUGGAGCUGAUCGUGCGGAAGCUGGCCGCAUCACACCCGACGCUGCUGCUGCGCCAGCUGUCCGUACUGUCGGCAUUGCUGCAGGGCCGGGCGCACAUGGAUUUGCACGUGCUGCGGUCGGAGUAUCACUUCCACCUGUUCCAUCAGGUGAUGGGCAUUUUGGAGCUGCUGGCACCGCUCGUCUACCGGGACUGCUAUCGGGAGGGGCUGCAGAACGGGUUGGAUUGCUUCUUCCAGCUGCUGAAACAUCACGGUACGUUUAAGGAAAGCUACACCCUCAUCUACCGGUUCGUGGAGUUCCUGCAGGCGUACAUCGGGGCCAACCCGGCGACGGCGAUCGCUUUCGUGGAGCAGUACAGCGACGUUCUGAUCGAUCUCGCCCAUCAGCACUUUGAUCUGCACGCCCUGCAGCAACUGGUGCAGGGGCUUUCGAUGCUACGGCACACGACGGGUGGCGCCUCGAUGAGGAAGCACUCCUCCGGGGGAGGCAUUCUGGCCGAUCUCGAUCAGCUGGCAGCGAGCGCAGCAACGUACGAAGGCUCGAUGAGCGAUAGUCGUGCGAUAGUCGAUGGAGGAGAAACGUCCGGUGGAAAACCGCCCGGUAGCAAUGCAGCAGUAGGACUCAUGCUUGCGCCCGCCAUCCGGAACGACUUGCUGCCCACGCACUGGACGGAGCUGGUGGCAGUGUUGCGGUCGCGAGAUAUCGAUGAAAUUUCCAUCCCACUAAUGGAGCUGGACGCACUGUCCGUGAAGCGGCCCGCCCUGCUCGAGGACAUCUUCGACGAUGUGAUCCGGUUCGUGCAGCAUCCAUCCCCGACGACGCGCCAGAUGGCCCACAAUCUGGUGACACGCUGGCUGAAGCAAAACCCGGGCAGUGUUAGCUCGAACGGGACGGCACUGACGGCGUUUGUGCAGUGCCUGAACCACGAGGACGUGACGGUGGUGCACAGUGCGCUGGACAAGACGACGGAGUACACGCUGUGCCUGCAGGAGCACACGCCCCAGAUACUGGCGGCGGUGUUCGAGCUGGGCAUCGGGAGCCGCAUCAACACGUACAAUGCGCUGCGACGAGUCGUUCAGGCGCUCAAGAAGCAACAUGCCUGCUAAAGCUUAUCGAUAAGGUAAAUUAAGUGUAAUUAAAAGCUAGAUUGCGAAAAUAUAGUUACAAUGUGGUAUAUAAUAA